AUGUCGGUUCAAUUAUCAACGCCGCCAUCGAGCAAAGAUAAAACCUCUGAGAAGUCUAUCACACCAAAGUCCAGUAAGAAGAAGUUUUUCAGUAACUUAUUGCAUCGGAAGAAUAGAAGCGAUACAUCACCGAACCUGGGGCAGAAAAAUGGCCUAAAAUCUCGUUCGUCUUCGGCCAGUACCAAGGUUAGUUCAUCUCCAUCAUUAACGAAUAAACUUAAACGUCAAUCAUGGGUUUCAAAUAAUAGCAAUAAAACAACUAAGUCUCAGGUUAGAGGACGCACAAAGGGACCGGAGGUAUCAGAUUGCAUAGAUGAUGAUGACAGUGUAUUUAAUUAUGCAGAAGAAGACGAAAUAGAUGGUAGUCGCAAUGUCUUUGAUAUGACCUCAUCAUCGUCAUCAUUGUCACACGUUAUGUCUUCCCAUUCCCUUAAUGAGCUUGGGGUCAGGCAUAAUAAUUCCUCAAACACAAACAUAGGGGACAUGAUGAACCAGACUAUGCAAUCCACCGAUGCACAACCGCAACCCUGGGAUGGCUUAACUCCCGAAUCUUUGGUUAUGCCGCAAUAUGUGAAAACUCACAGAAGAAACAAACAUAGUCCAAGAUCGUUGAAUAAUUUAUUCUUAGCACAAGAGUUAAACGUCGAAUCGUGUUCUUCGAAGAACCAUAAUGAUAAUGAUAGCAUUUCUAGUGAAAGCUUGAAGCAAGGAACCUCGAGCGAUGAUGAUCAUGACGAAAUUCUUUAUGAGCAUGAAACACAGGCUACAAGUGAGUUCUUUUCCGAUUCUCAAGGAUAUUCUAAAAGACCAGCUCAUAAAAGAAAAAAUAAGAAUGAUUUUAAUGAAGUCUAUGUUAUGGAAUUCAGCAGAGAUGGAAAAUACUUAGCAGUCGCCGGUCGAAAUUCAAUAAUUAAAAUCUGGAAAGUGAUAUCAUCUCCGUUAAGCAGAUUGGAACAAAAGAAUGCGGAGUCAAUGAACGACAAUAGCAAAUCAAAGAAAACAAACAAGAAUCUUUAUAAAGGGGCUCCAGUUUUUCAUCAAGCUCCAGUAAGAGUUUUUAAGGGUCAUACUCAUAGCGUUUUAUCUUUAGAUUGGAGUAAAAAUAACUUCUUAAUUUCUGGUAGUAUGGAUAGACUGGUUAAAUUGUGGCAUGUAGAUAGACUGGAUUGUCUAGAAACUUUUCAAAAUGACGAUUUUGUAACUACAGUCAAAUUUCAUCCAACGGAUGAUAGGUUUUUCUUAAGUGGAUCUUUAGAUAAUCAAGUAAGGCUUUGGUCAAUUUUAGAGAAAAACAUAGCAUAUAAUAAGGAUUUAGGAGACGACAUUUUGAUUACCGCUGCUUCUUUUACACCUGAUGGCCAACAUUGUAUUGUCGGUGGAUUUAAUGGCUCAAUUUUUGCAUUAGAAAUCAAUGGGUUGCAUGUAAUUAAUAGGUUCGAAGUAAAAGAGAAAUCUUUCGUACAUUCAUUUCAUAACAAGAAUGGUAACAAAAUUACAGGCAUUAAGAUUUUCGAGAGUAGAGAAUACUCGAGAUUAAAGAUUAUAGAUGAUGAUCCUUUGGCAAAAUGGAAUUUUUUGAUUACAACGAAUGAUUCGAAAAUUAGAUUAGUGAAUUCUGAUCUGAAAAAAUUAGUAACCAGAUUCAAAGGUUUAACUAAUACCAGCUCGUCAAUAGUCGCAGGCAUGACUGAUGACUUUCAUUAUAUUGUAUCAGGAUCUGAAGAUCACUGGUGCUACGUUUGGGAAAAUAAUAAUUCAAUUAUCAAUAAUAAAUUAAAAUUAGCUUUAAAAGACUUGGUUUUAGAAGGAAAAAACCACAUUAAUGAUUUGCAAAGUAAACAUAAAUCAUAUGCAAAUUUAAUUCAUAAAAAUCCUUUGAUGAAAAAGUUAAACGUACAAAAGUUCUUGGAUGAUGAAAACUCGAUUGAAUAUGUUGCAAACGAAAAUAAUAGUUACGUGGCAUUUCAUCCACAUCAUUCGAAGGUUAAUGUUGCAGUUUUUGCUCCUGAAAAUACUAAGAAACUAUUAGAACUAUCGGAUGAUCUAAUAUUUGAAUUGAUUAAGAGAGGCAAAAAGUAUAAUUUAGGUAGGGAUGAAGUUGACGAGGCUCUUGAAAAUGAUAAUCCAGAUGAUUUUUCGAGUGAAAUUGGUCUAAAUGGGGGUCAUAUUAUUAUUACAACGGAUCAAUACGGCUUGAUUAGGGUCUUCAGACAAGAUUCGGCUUACGAAGUUAGAAAACAAUUGAGAGAUAUCCUUAAACUGAAGAAAGAAAACUGUUCAAGAAAUAAGAGUGACUCUAAAGUUAAUUCAUGUAACCAAUUGUGCGAUUCAAAGACAAAUAAGAAUAGUCUGAGAUUAGAUUUGCCUCGAAGCCAUAGUACAAGACUGGCAAAGAACAGAAGUCUAAGUCCGUCUAAUGACGGAUACUUCGCUUUGAAAAAUAAACUUCAUAGCAGAAUUAAAGGAAGCGGUAACGGAAGUUCCAAUACCAAUAGCAGCUUAUCGACUAUGACUGGUAAAUCGUCGAAUCCGGGUACGCCGUCAAGUAUGUAUCAAAUUUCAGACAAUAGAUCGUCUUCCCAGUCAAAUUUACCACGAUUCGUUUCGUCGAGCUCAUUAGUCCACGGUGCAACAUUGCACAAUACAUCCUCAUCGGGGAUAAUGUCGCAAGUAGAUGCAACUGUAGAUAUAAGAAAUGACGAUAUUGACUCUAUUUCUAUGUCUGAAAAUUCAUAUAUACCAGAAACUGGGAAUGCCAGCUUAAAAGCCCCCGAAUCAGCUUAUACUUUGACGCUCACACCAAGUAAUGGUAAUAAAUCAAGUAGCACAUUAACUGCUACACCUCCCGUGUCUUCUACCAAAACCGAAGAAUUUCCAACUCUUGAUAAUCAAAAGAAAGGAGUUCCAUUAUUAAUUAAUACGAGCAGCACUGCUGACAAUGAAGAGGAUAAAACUGAGAUUAUUAAUUUUCAUACCCCGAUAAAUGAUAGGAGGAAUACGGAUACAGCCUUUGAAGGCCCAAGUUCGAACAACAGUUCGUUUUAUAAUGCUCAGAAUAAUACAAGAGGUAGAAUGUAA